AAGGUAAAUAAAGGAAAAUCUGAGAAAAAAAUGAAAGUAAAGUAAAACCCUAAGAAAGUUUAACAGAACAAAAGAGGGAUUGAAGGAGCACCCCCGUGGGACAAGCAGGGAGACUCUCAGAGACAGUUCAGCUAUGGAUAAUAAUGAACUGCGAGACUCCAUUCAGAACUUCAGCCUGGACCACUGCGCUCUGGGGAACCAGGGCUACAAUCGGGUCCUACUGCAGCUGUUUGGGCUCACAGGGCACGGCAAGUCUGCCCUCAUAAACUCACUCAGAUAUGUUCUGAAUGGAAGAAAGUAUGAAAUCCAUGCCAAAUCAGGGGUGAUUUCAAGUGGGGGUGCUGUAACCAUGGAGAGGAGAGCCUACAAACUCACACCCACCAUCACGGUUGUGGAUAACAGAGGGUUUGGAAAGAUGAACGACUAUGAGAUGAGAAUGAUUUAUGCUCAGCUGGGUAACGUCAUGCCCCUUAAUGAGAAGGUGGAAUGGAAAGACAAUUAUGACAACUUUCUGUCCCAGUUAGAAGAUUCCGGGUUGGACCCAAAUUACACAGACUUUACAGUUCCAGUAUUCGUCUAUAAAGUGGAGGCCAUAUUGCCGGAGCAGGAGAUGUCACAAAUGAGAGAUUUUUUUAAAAACUGCAGAAAGGUGACAGGUGUUUUUCCAAUCGUUGUCCUCACCUACAAAACAAGGGGCAAUUAUAUUGAGAUUGUGAAGAUGUUUAAAAGUUUGGGGGCAGAGAUUGUUGUGGCAGUGGAGAACUACUCUGAAGAGGAUCAACUACAGACACUGGAGAGAAGUAGAGAUUUCCUUUGGUUCCUUAAGCGUGCAUUGAAUGAUAUCACAUUCCGGAUGGAGCAAAAAAAAGACCCAAAGGAAGAACGUAUAGAGAUAAAGAAGUUCCUCCUUAAAUAUGUCCAUGAUAUUGAUGUGGCUGAGAAGAUGAAGGAAGAAAAAAUGAAGCAGCAUGCAAGGAAAGGAGACAAGGAUGUGAUAGGAGCAAGGGAAAGGGAGAAAACAAAUGAUAUUAGGGAAGCAGAAGCAUUGAAUAGAGGGGAAGCAAACAAAAUAGAGGAGACUAGGAAGAGAGAAGAAGAUAGGAAGAGAGAAGAGGCUAGGAAGAGAGAAGAUAGGAAGAGAGAAGAGGCUAGGAAGAGAGAAGAGGCUAGGAAGAGAGAAGAGGCUAGGAAGAGAGAAGAUAGGAGGAGAGAAGAAGAUAGGAAGAGAGAAGAGGCUAGGAAGAGAGAAGAUAGGAGGAGAGAAGAGGCUAGGAAAAGAGAAUAUAGGAAGAGAGAAGAAAAUAGGAAGAGAGAGGAGGCUUUGAGAAGAGAAGAGGCUUUGAGAAGAGAGGAGGCUAUAAGAGAAAAAGCAUUUCCCAUAUCUAAGUAUUACGGCAAGAUCCUCCUGUUCCCCACAUUGACUGAUGUCGGAAUUGCCUCUCUUCAUGACAGCGCCUUUAUGAAGGCAGCCAUAAUCAGGCCCGGAUUUGCAGGAAGGCCAUAUAGGCUCAGGUGGCACAACAUUCGGACUGAAGAAAGAGAGCGUGGAGAAACAGGAAGUGAGCGGAAGUAG